AUGUCAGGGUUUCAGUUCAAACUCAAGAAGAAAGAUUCGGGCCCAGAAAAGCCUGGUGGGAUCCGGAAGCCAAUCAAGCCGUCUCUUAAAUCUACUUCUGGGUUUGGGAAGACUGGAUCUGUACUCAAAAAUCUGGUUUUGCAGACUUCAGACGACGACUCAGAUAAUGAGGACAGCCAGGCCAUUGCAAUUGAUUCAUUUGAUCAUAAAAGAGGUGGAGCCAUUUCCGGAGCUAAAGCUGUGAAUUUGACGUCCAGGAAUAAGCCUUUGGUGAUUACUCCAGUAACUAUAAGUAAGAGUAUAACUACAAAGAAACACGCUGCGCACUUCGAACAAGACAAGGAGGCUAGACUCCAAGAACUUGAAGAGCAAGCAAAGAAGAAUAAACUCGACUAUGGAAUCACAAAGUUUGAUCAUAAAGCAAAAGAGUCAGAUAUAAGUGAAAAAGAUAAAGACACGGAACAAGAUACUGUGGACAAUGUAUCUUUAGAAGAUAGAGUACGACAAUCUUUACUUAGUGGAGAAGAAGUGAACGAUACUGGUCGAGUUAUUCCAAUAGAUGAUGCGCAGUUCCAGCGUUCUUUGGACGAAGAUCCAGACGAAGAUUCAGCUGAAGAAUAUGAGAAGGUUCCCGUUGAACAAUUUGGAGCUGCACUUCUUCGAGGAAUGGGUUGGAAACCAGAGACUAAGCCCAAGAAUACCACAGUAGACAAUGAAAAGGUCUUGCAGCAUAGACAAAAAGGUGUGCUUGUAGGCAUUGGAGCUAAGGCUGUAGAGAACGACUUAAUGGAAGACAUCAUAGGAAAAAGAGGCACCAAGUUCGAAGUGCCUCUAGCCAAAAGAAACAAAGAAACAGGAGAAGUUGUCAGGGAUUGA